GGAGGCGAUGGGCGUCCUCUCCUCUAAGGUCACGAGCACUGAGCAGAAGAAUCACUGGCGUGAGAGUGGCACUCUCCGGGGAAGUCCGUGGAGCGGCGGGAAGCGCCGACAGCCUGCUGCGCCGCGCUCAGGACUGACGUAAAAGGGGCGGGGCGAGAUGCGUUGCGCCACGCCGCGCCCGAGACUGACGUAAGGGGGCGUGGCGUGCGUCGCUGUGGCGAGAGGCCGGUGGGCGCCGGUGCCAUGGAGCGCUACGCUGGCGCCUUGGAGGAGUCUGCGGACGGGACCCGGCAGCAGGAGCGUCAUUACCAACUGCUGUCGGCGCUGCAAAGCCUGGUCAAGGAGCUGCCCAGCUCCUUUCAGCAGCGCCUGUCCUACACCACGCUCAGCGACCUGGCCCUGGCGCUCCUCGACGGCACCGUGUUUGAGAUCGUGCAGGGACUUCUGGAAAUCCAGCAUCUCACCGAGAAAAGCCUGUACAACCAGCGGCUGCGGCUGCAGAACGAGCACCGAGUGCUCAGGCAAGCCCUGCGGCAGAAGCACUUGGAAGCCCAGCAGGCCUGCCGAUCACACAAUCUGCCCGUGCUCCAGGCAGCUCAGCAGCGUGAACUGGAGGCAGUGGAGCAUCGGAUCCGGGAGGAGCAGCAGGCAAUGGACCGGAAGAUUGUCCUAGAGCUGGACCGGAAGGUGGCUGACCAGCAGAGCACACUUGAGAAGGCAGGGGUAGCUGGCUUCUAUGUAACCACCAACCCACAGGAGCUGACACUGCAGAUGAACCUGUUGGAACUCAUCCGGAAGCUGCAGCAGAGGGGCUGCCAGGCGGCGAAGGCAGCUCUAUGACCAGGUAGAGUCCCUGCUUUCUACUACUGCCCAGUGUGGCUGGGAAUGCAGCCUUGUCCACUGUUGCAGGAAAGCCACACAGAGCUUGUCUUCCUGAUAUUUGGCCACUGACUUCCCAGUAGCCAGCAGCUGUCACCUUUCUGAGAAGAGGAGAGCCCCUGCUGCACCUAUGGGAUUUU